CCUUUAGAUGAUGAGGAGGCUUUAUCAAAGUUAUACGAAGGGACCGAACUAUAAAACAAUGAAGGCUUAAAGAGGGGUAAAAAAGGUCAAAUUGGUGGAAUUCUGACCUUAAAAUUCCACAAACAAUUCCUUCACAGCCAUACAAACCAAAUAUGCUUCCUUUCAAUCUGACUCCUCCCUUUGAAUCUUUCUAUCUUCUUCUUUCGAUAUUUUUGUUUUGGGCUCCUUUUCUUAUUCUCAAAGCAAACUGAUUUCUUAUUCCCAUCCGCUUAGAAAAUAAGCUAAAGAAAGAAUGGUAUUGCCCUCUCUGCUUUCCCUAAAAUCCUUUCCUGUCUUACUUAGCUUAAUCACUAAGUCUUUUAAUAAACCGUCGCAAUAUCAUCAUCAGCUGUUACAAUUAAAACUAUCUAUCACAGUAUAUAUAAUAUUAAUAAUACAUGUAUAGAUAGAUAUACAUAAUAAGUGGUGUCAACGGAAUGAACAUACAAAAUUUGACUUGGCCAGUGCAGCAUACUUGGAGUGCAAGAGUUCACAAACUUGUAUUCUCAUAAAGGCUUCAACUUUGGGUACUUCUUUGCUUGAAUUUAUAAAUAGUGAAGAGCGGUGCGGCAUUAUUCAAAGUUUCAAACUUGUCAUAUUUGUCUCGUCUCUUUCUCAAAUAUCUCAAACUUUUAUUCUAUGCUAUAAGAACUCUAAUUCAUUUCUCCUCCCCCUCCUCCGCGUCAUCUGCCGCACAUUCUCUCCUAUGAUCUCAUCAAUGGAGCAAACAAUCCGAGUUCUCUCAGCGGAUGAAUCUUCUUCAGAGAUCACGAACAGAGAUAUGCUUUCUAUCCGAAGUUCAAAUCUUUUGAAUGGAGGCUUCUCCCCUGAUCAAUUGGUACGAGCAUUCAACAACUUCAAGAAGAGCGGCACCCCUUCCAGGUUCCUUCUCUUCUCUGAAAAUGCCUGGGUGGACUUUGCGCAUCAAGUGUUCGAUGAAUUGAAGGCAGGUUUUUUAGCUGGAAAGACAAUUUUGGAAGUACUCGUGGAUCAAAAGUCCUAUCUUUUUGACUUCCUACGGAUGAUUCGGAUUGAUUCAAAAACAGGAAGGCAAAAUUGGAUUGCUUGGAUUGAUGUCCGCGGCUGUUAUUUCUUCCCAAAAAAUGCAGCAGCUAAUAAGUGCAAUUCUUUACAAAAAAAGCUAGAGUUUGAUCGGAGAAUUAAUAAGAACCUCUUGAUGUCUUCUCCACAAUUCCAUCAUCCUCUCGUGACAAAAAAAGUCGAAUCAUAUGAUGAUAACAUGGAGGUCACCUCUGACAGAUGGCCGGGUGCAAAAAUGUUGAGAGAUGAUGAGAAAUUCUACAAAGUAGUUGAAAAUUUGUUUAUUUCUAGCAUAAAAAAUUUCAUGCCCAACACUGUGAUUACUUCUAUCAACAGAUGCUCUCAUUUGAGCCUACCUGGAAAUUCUCGUCUUCUAUCUUUCAACUUACAUAAGAGCAUGAUGAAGGAAUCUCGAGGCAAUGCCAAUGUCAAGUUUGGAUGGUAUGGAACAUCUACAAGUAAUAUUGCUGGAAUUAUAACUUAUGGUUUCAGGCAGUCGAAUAGCGACAAGUUAGGGGUUUUUGCCCAUGGAAUUGGCAUUCAUCUCUCACCACCACAUUACCCUUAUGGAAGUGCUAUGCUAUCAGAAGCUGAUGAAGAUGGUGAGAGACAUGUAAUUCUUUGUCGAGUUAUUAUGGGGAACUCUGAAAAAAUUGAAGCAGGCUCUACAAGGGAUCAUCCUAGUCAUGAAAGGUUCGACAGUGGUGUUGAUGAUAUUGAGAAUCCGAAGUGGUUUAUAGUGUGGAAUAGUCACAUGAACACACACAUCAUUCCUGAGUAUAUUGUGGGCUUCAAGUCUUCAUUUCAUUCUCAAGGGUGGACAAAGCUAGUGGGUGUGCAAAAGUCUGUGAUGAAUCUUCCAUUUUGGAAGCUGUUUGUAGAGAUUGAAAAGUCAUUGCCUUCCUCCAAAAUGCAAGCAUUGGAGAUCCUUUACAAUCGGUACAAGGUGGGGAAGAUUAGCAAAGAAAUCUUCAUCAAAUACAUGAGGUCCAUUGCGGGGGAUAAGCUACUGAUCUCCACGAUUAAAAGUUUGAAGGGUUAGAUAAAACAUGUAAAUACGCUCUUGCUUUUGGGGCUAUUGAAACUUUUGUGUUAUGAAAUUUCUUGAGACGCUAGAUACGAUUAGAAUGAAAAUAGUUGUAGUUCAUAUGAUAUGUGAACUAUCAUGUGGAACAAAUUUCCACCCUCUAAAGAAAUUUUCAACUCUUCUAAAACAUUUGUGAAAUCAUUUAAUAUAUGAGUGGUUGCUGCUUUCUUACAA